UAUUCCUUUAACCUUUGUAUAAUCUUUUCAAUACUUGCCUCAUUUUUGGCUACAAAAAUCGAUCAAUCACAAUCCAUUUCAAGAAUUCUACUUGAAAAAAUAAAAUAAAAUAUGUCAAAUUUUGAUAGAGGCAAAGAAUUGGUUGAGGGAUCAUCAAGAUCCCCGGGCGAUCAACCCGCAACACCGAGUCGAUACGAGUCUCAAAAACGACGUGAUUGGAACACGUUUGGUCAGUACCUAAGGAAUCAAAGGCCACCCGUUUCCAUGUCCCAAUGCAAUAGCAACCACGUUCUCGAGUUCCUUCGGUACCUUGACCAGUUCGGGAAGACUAAGGUUCACUUACAAGGUUGCAUCUUUUAUGGUCAACCCGAGCCGCCAGCUCCCUGUACUUGUCCGUUGAGACAAGCUUGGGGGAGCCUGGAUGCUCUCAUCGGGCGGCUCAGAGCCGCUUAUGAAGAGAACGGUGGCCCCCCCGAAACGAACCCCUUUGCGAGUGGCGCGAUUCGGGUGUAUCUAAGGGAAGUGAAAGAGUGUCAAGCAAAAGCAAGAGGAAUUCCGUACAAGAAGAAAAAGAAGAAGGUUGGAGCUAGUGAGAGCAAAGGAGAUGAUGAUUGCACUUCUUCUCAUCCAUUUUCUUGAACCAACAAUGGUUAUUGCGGAACACUUAAGGGAUUUGCUAUAAAUAGCUCUGGAAGAAUUAUGUCUCAUAUUAAUUAAGUCACUAUUUGGUUUAUAUAUAAGCGCCUUGAUUUCCUUUUUUCUGCUAAUUAAUUAAUUGAUUAAUUAGUAGUCAUGUUCAAUCAGAGGCCUUUUCUUUAAAUUACUACUUAAUAAGUAAGUAUUCUACUGUUCUUUCCCAUUAUAUCUGUCAGUUGUUUGUGAAUCCUAAAUUAGUUCUUGUAAGAUGAUCAUUAUAAACUCUUUUGUACAAUUAAGUGAGUUUCCCAUUUUCCAGUGC